GAGAUGAAUAUUGCGUCUGGUUUCAAUUUUCCACGAGGUUUAAUGGGAACACGCUCGACUUGCUUGUUUACAGUUUGUUGCGUAGGACUUGGGCAUGGAACUUCUGCAGAUGUGAGUACUUGUACGAUGGUGGACAGAGAAAUCAUAGAGUCAAAUAACGAGGAAAGCCAAAGCUCCACGGGUCGUGGACGACAGGGGGGCCUUGAUGAUUCCAACACCGGAAUACUUUCUUUGCGUUGCCGCGCGAUAAAUCUGACGAUGUAUGUCUUAAUUCCAUUGCCUUAGCUUACCGCUCUCUAGUUUCUGGUCCGCUACUUGCUGGCCUUUGGCGAGAAGAAGAAAACAUCUUCGAACGACCUUAUUUUGGACCGAGUCUGUAGCGCAUGUCUUCCGGCCUUGGAUACGUCAUGCGGACGAGCUCCUGCCGACGAUACUUUAUAGUUGUAAACAAAUUGAAUCGAAAUGAAUACUGUAGUAUUCGGUUUAAUUCAUUCAACUGUUCAAUUCGAUAUUCGAUUUAUUUUGAAUUUUAAAAUAAUAUUUGUAUCCGUU